CAUUAUUUGAAAACUAUGUAUGUUAAUAACAGUAUAUUCAUCUCUGUAUUUGAAAGGUACGGCAUAAUCCACGCUGGUGGGGUAGGGAAAUACCUCAGUGACUGGAUCCUGCAUGGAGAGCCUCCAUUUGACCUCAUAGAAUUGGAUCAUCGCUAUGGCAAAUGGACAACUACUCAGUACACUGAGGCCAAAGCAAGAGAGUCCUAUGGAUUCAACAAUAUCGUUGGUUAUCCUAAAGAAGAACGAUUUGCAGGGAGACCAACUCAGCGAGUCAGUGGGCUUUAUAAAACCCUGGAGUCUAAGUGUUCCAUGGGGUUUCAUGCAGGCUGGGAGCAGCCACACUGGUUCUACAAACCGGGUCAGGACACUCAGUACAGGCCCAGUUUUCGCCGCACAAACUGGUUUGAGCCUGUAGGAUCUGAGUAUAAACAGGUUAUGCAAAAAGUAGGGGUUAUUGACCUGUCUCCCUUUGGCAAGUUUAACAUCAAAGGCCAAGACUCUGUUAGAUUGUUGGACCAUCUCUUUGCAAAUGUCAUUCCAAAGGUGGGUUUUACAAAUAUAAGUCACAUGUUGACGCCGAAAGGUCGAGUGUAUGCUGAGUUGACUGUUUCUCACCAAACUCCUGGGGAGUUCUUACUAAUAACUGGUUCUGGAUCAGAACUUCAUGAUCUUAGAUGGAUUGAAGAAGAGGCAGUCAACGGUGGAUAUGAUGUUGAAAUUAAAAACAUAACCGAUGAGCUUGGAGUCCUUGGUAUUGCAGGGCCCCAUGCAAGGAAGGUUCUGCAGAAACUGACUGCUGAAGAUCUUAGUGAUGAUGUUUUCAAGUUUCUUCAAACCAAGUCUCUAAAGGUUUCAGACAUUCCUGUCACUGCUAUUAGGAUAUCUUAUACUGGUGAGCUGGGCUGGGAGCUGUACCAUAGGCGAGAAGAUUCUGCGGCCCUUUAUGACAUUGUCAUGGACGCAGGCCAGGAGGAGGGAAUCGACAACUUCGGGACGUACGCCUUGAACGCCCUAAGACUGGAGAAGGCUUUCAGAGCCUGGGGGUCAGAGAUGAACUGCGAUACAAACCCCUUGGAAGCUGGGCUGGAUUAUUUUAUAAAGCUAAAUAAGCCAGCAGACUUCAUAGGAAAGCAAGCACUGAAACAGAUUAAAGCCAAGGGGCUGAAACGGAGACUGGUCUGCCUCACCUUGGCAACGGAUGAUGUUGAUCCGGAGGGAAAUGAAAGCAUCUGGUUUGAUGGCAAGGUGGUUGGCAACACGACAUCUGGAACCUACAGUUACAGCAUACAGAAGAGUCUGGCGUUUGCCUAUGUCCCUAUAGAACUAAGUAAAGUAGGACAACAGGUGGAGGUUGAACUGUUAGGCAGAAAUUAUCCAGCAAGCAUCAUACAGGAGCCCUUGGUAUUGACUGAACCAACCAGAAACCGACUUCGGAAGAAAAGCAGAAAGGACAAAAUUUGAAAAAAGACCUUCAGCAGGCAACUGAAUUAUGUUAGCUCUAUGACUGUACUAAAAAUCAUAACUGCUUUUUGGGAGAAUAUAAGAAAUCAAGAAUUCAUUCAACCCCUCAAAAUCUAGAUUUAUAAUCUUGAUGAAACCUUUCUCAGCUCUUUCCUAAGUGAGAAACAAUAAUGGAUUAGUGAUUAACAUUGUUCUUUAAAAUGUAGACGUUGGAAAUGAAUGUUUUUAUUAACCUAUAUUGUUAAUGAAACUCAGCAAAACAUUUAGGUGUUUGCUAGUAUAUAAUCACUAUUAUAACUCAAUUAGAGGACAUUGUGUAAUUUUAGGAAUAUAUGGUUCUUGUGACCUGAAAACAAAUUGUUUUACAUAAAAAUAAAUGCAGUACUAUUGAUGGAUUUGUUUCAUUGAGAAGCAGUAGUUGAACAAGGGAUAGUUUUAAUAUUUUAUAAUAUAUAUACAGUGAAAAUAGUAAAAUUUAAUAUUGAUACAUAAAUUUUUAUUCAGUUCUCCAAAAUGCUUAUUUUCCUAAUGAAUUCCCUGAAUGCAGUAUUAUGGAGCAUCAUUAUUGUCCUUUGAAAGGUUGUUUUAGAAGAGUAAUUGCAAAAAAGAACAGUCUUCCAAAGGAAGCAGUGCUUGCAGACCUUUUGAAAUGAAGCUGAAACAUAGAUUGUGCCAGUAAAAACACAGUUUGAAUACUGAACACCUCUCUUUGGGAAAGAAUUAAUGCAAGUUGACAUCACAUGUGCCGUUCUGAAUAUCAUUUCACAAAGCAUUUGACAAAGCAGGUCAAACGAGCUUAAGAGCUGACAGGAUUGCCCUUAGUACUGUGUACAGCAAGAAAAAAAUUAUUUAGAAGUAAUUCUCUGAUAAAUUUUUCAAAAUUGAAUUUAGUUGACUGAACAAAUCAAAUGUUUUUUUUUUCCUUUGGUAAAAGGUGGCUUAUCACUUAAAAUUUGUUAUAUACACAUUUGUUAAACAUUUAUUGAAUCUUUCCUAGGUAUUAAAGUUGAAUGUGAAACAUAAAAUGUAUUCUAAUUACAGAAUUUUAAAAUAAUUUCUUGUAUGUUUUACAAAGGUACCAAGUUUAUAUUUAAAAUACUUCAUUAAAAAAAUAAAAUACUUCAUUAAAGCAAUCAUA